UCAAUACUUUUUGCUCACUGGGUCCAAAAGGGAAAGUUGUCAAAUAUUUUUUUGACAAAACAGAAAAAAUCAUUGUGAAACGUGCUAAAGACUAUUGAAUUUCGCAAAAUGGAAAAAUCUAAGAAAAAAGAUGACAAUCACAACCAAUUUCUUGGAGAAAUUGUCUACACCAAUGAGUUACCCGAUUUGGCUGUGGACUGCAAAUUUCUGCCUUGUGGCAAGAAUCUUCUAGACUAUACCAUUGAGCCUGUGUCAUUUCCCGAAUUGGAAGCUCAACACGCCUUUCAUUUCAAGGGUCUUCAGAGUCUCUUCAAUUUGGAUUUGGUUAAUCUGCAAAUUUAUGACCAACCACUGGAUCCAUCAGUCCAAAUGGAUCCACGUGAUGCUGCUCUACUAAAUGAUAUUGAAGCUUUGGACUGUCAGGCACCUAAAGCAAAAUCAGCUCCACUUGGACAUCCACGUGCCCAGGAGUUUCAACUGAUGUUUGCCAAAGAACGAGACCCUGCACCACGACCACGUAGCAGUCUGCAGCGUGCACCACCACCACCAGAGUCGAAGUCUAAGAAGGUCGAAACUUUCUCGCUGCAGCAACAGAAGCAGCUAAUUAAUCAGACAUUCAAGAGUAUUGUAAAACCUCUGGGAUGUCAUCCAACCAAACCGGGUAGUAAGGCAAAACCCAUUGCUAUAUUGCCGAUAUUUCCUGAUUUGAAUCUUCAGAACUUUGAAUUCGUUCAGGUUCUAUUUGAUAUUCCACCAGUUGAUAUACCAAAUAGUCUGAUCAAAGAUUGUGGCAGUUAUUUAAUCAAUUUUAAUGCUCACGAGCCAGCAAAUCGCAAUGCAGAACGUAAUCAUUUUUACUAUAUCUCCGAUCAGCGAUAUACAGAAGAACGCACUGCCGAGAAUGCGGAACGCGGAGAACGUUUUAUGCUCCGUGAAAAGGAGGGUUCACUGUAUUAUAUACCCGUGGAUCGUUACGUAAAAUUGCGUAGAGAACGACCCCGUCCUCAGGCAUUGACCAAUAAGUGUCUGUUGCAAGUGAAACGUGUGCCAGUUAAAAAAGAUGCCAACAAAAAGAAGAUUGGCACCAAGGAAACUAAUGCUUAAUGGUCUGGUAUUCAAUUUUUCGAAGGAGAACAUUAGAAUUGGGAAUCUCAUGUAUUUAUCUAAUCUAUAAUAAAGACUUUCUCCCAUUUCCUUGAA